AUGGACAUAUUCAAUUUAAGCAGCUUCAAUCCUGGACCUUUCACCUUGUGGGGGAUCCCAGGGCUAGAACUGUUCCAUACCUGGAUUGGAGUCCCCCUCUGUGCUAUAUAUCUUGUGACUCUUGCAGGUAAUGCCAUUUUACUGUGGCUCAUUGCUGUGGAGCAUAGCCUCCAUGAGCCCAUGUUCUUCUUCCUCUCCAUGCUGGCAGCCACUGAUGUCAUAAUGUCCACAGCAAGCAUCCCUAAAACCCUUGGCAUCUUCUGGUUAGGAGCCCAAGAAAUCACCUUCUCUGGGUGCCUCACCCAGAUGUUCUUCCUUCACUGUAGCUUUAUCAUAGAUUCAGGUAUCCUGCUGGCCAUGGCAUAUGACCGUUAUGUGGCCAUCUGUUCCCCACUGAGAUACACCACCAUGCUGACCCCCCAGAUUUCUGCCAAGAUCCUAGUGGGCAUUGUGGUCCGCAGUUUCUGUGUCAUCUUGCCAUGUGUCUUCCUACUCAAACGUCUUCCUUAUUGUCGAACACGCAUCAUCCCACAUACAUUCUGUGAACAUAUUGGUGUGGCCAGGCUCUCCUGUGCUGACAUCUCUAUCAACAUCUGGUAUGGUUUUGCUGUGCCCAUGAUGACUGUGUUCUCUGACAUGGCUCUAAUCGCUGUCUCCUACAUCUUCAUCCUCCGUUCUGUCUUCAGCCUCUCAUCCCGUGGUGCUCACCAAAAGGCUUUGAGCACCUGUGGCUCCCACAUCUGUGUCAUCCUCUUGUUCUACACACCAGCUCUCUUCUCUGGGCUGGUCCACCGCUUUGGCCACAAUAUUCCUCGUACUUUCCAUGUCUUAUUUUCCAACUUCUAUGUGGCCAUUCCACCUGCACUCAACCCCCUUAUCUAUGGAGUGAGAACUAAGCAGAUACGUGACAAGGUUAUUCUCCUCUUCAGGUUAAAGGGAGUACAAUAA